AUGAUGGAGAGCCAGCGUAAACAACCACCUUCAAGAACGGAGCGUACUGAUCAAAUUCUUGCUCCCAAUGUCCUGUCAAGGACGGUGGACAAACAAUCAAACUUGCAAGCUUCCGAGAUUCUAUGGACUGUGACUUCUCAUGCUCUUCCGCACGCAUGUGGUGAUCACUUGAGACAAUGCAGAUUGUCUGGAGAGUUUUACCCAAACCCAUAUCAUCACAAAGAAUACCAUGCAGGUGGUACUUAUUUAAAAAUGCCAACCAGUUGA